AUGCAAACGUAUAUCAUCAUAGGGCGCUUUCCAUUUGUCAGAACUGGCCGGUCGGAUCUGUUCGUUCGUAAAUGGUACGCGUCAGUUCUGAGAACUGUCAGAACUGGUUCUGGCCAAACUGGCCCUGCUCAAGGAGUAGGGCCAAUCAGUUCUCACGCUCCUGCGCGGGUGCAGCGGCAAAUGCGCGGGAAUUUUCUUGCAGCAGGUGGAAAGCGCGGCGUUAGUUUUGGCGUUCAAAGAAAGAUUCAAAGAUGGCAGAAUCAGACAAUGACAAGUUUGGUGAGUAUUUAUUUGGGAAUUGUUUUACCUACGUUUUUCCUGGUUAACAGCGAGCUUCCCUCAAAGAUCAUUGUAAAGUUUUUAAAAGGCAAGCAUGUUUACAAUUACAGGACUUGAAGAAGAAGAAACAAAAUUGAUAACUUGGUCGUCGAACAGCACGAAACUUCUUAUUUCCUUGCGAAGGGAAAAUGACAGCUUGUUUUCUAAAGGAAAAGUAAGAAAAAACGUUGCCUGGAAGCGAAUAGCAGAUCAGUUCAAUUCGACUUCCUCCGUGAAAGUUACUGGCGAGCAAUGUUCGAAUAAGUGGAAGAAGCUAGAAGAGAAAUACAAGAAAGUCUCGGAGCACAACAGUCGUACGGGAAAUGAUAGGAAGGAACGUGAAUUUCAGGAUGAAAUGACAGAGUUUUUCGGAUCUAACCCAAAGAUUGUACCAGCAGCCACCGUUUCCACUAUGGCCAUGGAAACAGGGACAGCAGAUCAUUCCGACGAUAAGGACGAGGAACUCCCUCGCAAGACGCCACCAAAAAAGAAAAAGCGAAGGUCGUCAAAAUCAUCCGCUUCGGAGAUGAUCGAGUUUCUGAAGGAAUUUAAAGAUGAUAAACGGAAAGAGGAGCUGGAAAAAAUG